AUGUCUACGCCUCAGGAGCACCAGAGAUUCAUCGAUCGUGCGUGGUAUGGCCCACCGCGCUCAGAAUGGCGACGACGGUUCAGAUGGGUGGCCUACAUCGCAUGGUAUUGGACCCACCUCUUCUCGCUUCUAGUUGCAUCAAGCCUUCGCCAGGAUGCGGACGCGACUCUGAAGAAAGCAGGGAUAGCUGGCAUCGUCUCUGGAUCCAUCUUCCACUUCCUCCUCGCGGUCACAUUCGUUGCCGGUUCUAGGUUGAACCACCUUCUUUGGUACGGGUCCUUGAGUCUCUUCCGGAUCUCCAGCCCCUCGCUUCGGCCGCAGACUCACCUGUAUAUGAUAUUUAUGAUUUUAGGCUCUACCCACCCAUAA